AUGAGUGAAUCAAAAUCUACAGAGACGGCUCCUAUCUCUUCUGAUCCUCUGUCUUUGCACAACUCCGACACACUGGGACUUUCCCUAGUUAACAUCAAACUCGAAGGUCACACUUAUGGCCAAUGGAGCAGAUCUAUGCAUCUCAGCCUAAGUGCCAAGAACAAGCUUGGAUUGGUUGAUGGAUCAGUCAAGGCCCCUUCAUCCAAUGACCCGAAAUUCUCAAUCUGGCAGCGCUGCAAUGACAUGGUCCUGUAA